AUGACCGAGCUUGUCGGCUCUCAUACCGCAUCUAUUCAAAAAUUGGAGAUGCAAAUGAGAGACAUCUCACGAGAGCAAAAUCCAAAGCAAAAGGGGACACUCCCAAGUGACACAAUUGCGAACCCAAAGGGUAGCGGGAGUGGCCCAACUUCUCGUUGCAUGGAAAUUACUACCUGGAGUGGGAAAGUACUUCAAGGAGAGAGUGAACAAGUGGUUGAAGUGGAAGAUUCUGAACAAGAAGUUGAGGCACACGUUGAAUUCCCAAUUGUUGUUGAAGCUAAAAAGGUCCUGGAAGAGCUGAAAGUUCAAGAAGUGAACCGAGAAGAGGUUACGAAAAAGAUGCCGGGUUUUGCUAACUAUUUGAAAGACUUGAUCACCAAGAAGAAAACUACCAAGAAUGAAGUGGUGAAUGUGACUCACGGGGUUAGUUACAUCAUUGCAACAACCACCAUUCAAAAUAAAGAAGACCCGGGAGCUUUUACCAUUCCAUGCACUAUUGGGGCACGCGAUUUUGCAAGAGCUCUUUGUGAUAAUGGGGCUAGCAUAAAUUUAAUGCCUCUUGCUAUUUACAAGUUAGUGGGCUUAGGUAUGCCAAGGCCUACAAGUAUGAGGUUGCAGAUGGCCGAUCGUUCAAUAAAGAGACCGGUGGGAAUUGUUGAUGAUGUGCUUGUGAAAGUGGGACAGUUCCUCCUCCCCGCCGACUUUGUGAUCCUUGAUUGUGCUGUUGACAAAGAGAUCCCUAUCAUCUUGGGGAGACCAUUUCUUGCUACCGGAAGAGCACUUAUGGAUUCAGAAUGA